GCUGCGCCGCUCGCGCUCCUGUGCGUAAACAGGCGGUGAGAUUGCGCUUUAAAUUUGAUUCAUGUAUUAUAACAGUUUAAUCAAAGUGUUAGAUUUGUGCACGUUAUGCUAAACUAACUAUCGAGUGAAUAAAUUAAUUCAUUAUUUACGGCCAUUUUUGUGGACAAACGCGAGACAUUUAUGUAAACAAAUGGAAAUCACAACAGGAAAAAACACCGUAGAGUAAUGUAUUUGGGAAAAUGUCUCCCAAACACUCUGAAUAAAACGGACUGGCGUGUUUCUGCCUUUAUAAAGGCUCGUUGUGUGUCUGAGAAGCUGAAAAAAUCCAUCCCAUAAUAUUCUGUCUGUCUCCAGCGGUGAAGUGGAGCUCCAUGCAGAUGCGCAGGAGGCGGAGGCGGAGGCAGAUCAGAUGAAGGAGUUACUCCGCAGCUGACAGCGCAUCGACGAGCUGCCGCGAGGGAACAUUUCUAUAUGUUGCCAGGUGAGGAAAAACGCAUCAGUACAGCCUCUCACAGUAUAUCGUACUGUUUGUUAAGUCAGGUGGUGCAGGAGCUCCAGUCAUUGCUUAAAGGAUUUAUUAAACGUGUGCAGUCUGAAAGAACUGAUGAAGAUGGAGUUCAUCAAAGAGGAGAGCGAAGACGUGAAGAUCAUAGAGAUGGUCACCAUAAAAUACGAAGAUCCUGAGGAACAAGCAGACCUAGUGGAGCCGAAAGAAGAACCUCAGGAACUGAUUGAAAUGGAAGAGAAACCUCAGUGUGAGACGCAACACGUUUCAGCGACUGAAGAGCCACACACAGAGGCUACACAGACUUCCACACGCACCAGCAAAUCUCCUCAGAAAAGCAAGCCUAGCAGUCUUUUCAUUUGCUGUCAGUGUGGAAAGAGCUUCACUCGAAAACAAUCCCUCGAGGGCCACAUGAAUCUCCACAACGGAGAGAAACCGUACUCGUGCCAACAGUGUGGGAAGAGCUUCAGGCAGAAGCCCAACCUAAGAGUUCACAUGAGAGUUCACACUGGGGAGAAGCCUUACACCUGCAAACAGUGCGGGAAGAGUUUCAGCCUGGUCCAAGGCUUCAAGAUCCACAUGAGAUCUCACACCGGAGAGAAGCCGUACGUCUGCCAACAGUGCGGUAAAGGUUUCAGUCAGAUAUCCUCCUUCAACUCGCACACGAGGAUUCACACCAGAGAGAAGCCGUACUCCUGCCAGCUGUGCGGGAAGGACUUCAGUAUAAAGCAGCACCUCAAUGACCACAUGAUAAUUCACUCCGCAGAGAAGGCGUUCGAAUGCCAGCAAUGCGGAAAGACUUUCUUCCUGAAAAGACACCUUAAAAAGCACAUCAGGGUGCACAGCGGAGAGAAGAACUUCACCUGUCAGCUGUGCGGAAACAGUUUCACUCAGAUGUACAGCCUUAAAAGACACAUGAGGAUUCACUCCGGAGAGAAGCCGUACUCCUGCCAGCAGUGUGGAAAGCGUUUCACGCAGAACAACAGCCUCGAUAUCCACGUCAGAACUCACACGGAGAGAUCCUUCACCUGUCAAGAGUGUGGAGAAAGUUUUAACCUAAAAAGCGACCUUAAUAACCACGUCAAGACUCACGGCGAAGAGAAGGCGUUUCCAUGCGGUCAGUGUGAAAAGAGCUUCUCGCGUAAAGACAACCUCAAUCGGCACAUGAGGGCUCAUAUAAGCGAGUGUGUAAUCAGUCUGGAAUGAGCUUCCGUCAUCAUUUAACACUGGACGGCAGAGAUGCCUGCCUCUAACCUCAACCCCCAGUGAAAUCACUUGUAGAAGUAGUGCAGCAAGGAAGAACUGGAGCUCAAGCUCCCUCUUGCUGGAGCUCAGCUCUGCUCAUGUGGCUCUGCAGUGAGUACCACUUGAAAAUGUACAGUCUAAUUCGGAAUAGGAGUUUCUGAGCAUUCAUCUCCUCUUACUCUUCUUGAUUGGUUAAAUAAACAACUGCUGGUGUUGA